GUUCAAAGCAGUUGCAUCUAAAAGUAAACUUGACCUGGUUAACGAAGGCUUCACUGAGUUCACUAUUGAGGACUUCCACAACACUUUUAUGGACUUGAUCGAACUCUGCGAGAAACAGCCGAGCCUGCAGGAGCUGCUGAGCUCUUUCAACGACCAGAAUGUGUCCGACUACGUGGUGGUCUACCUGCGACUCCUCACCUCAGGGUACCUGCAGAGGGAGCACGGCUUCUUUCAGCAUUUCAUCGAGGGGGGRCGGUCCGUCAAGGAGUUCUGUCAGCAGGAAGUAGAGCCCAUGUCCAAAGAAAGUGACCACAUUCACAUCAUCGCCUUAGCUCAGGCUUUGGACGUCUCCAUCCUGGUGGAGUACAUGGACAGAGGCGAAGGAGGAACUGUCAAUCACCACGUCUUCCCUGAAGGYGGAGACCCCCGCAUCUUCCUGCUCUACAGACCGGGCCACUAUGACAUCUUGUACAAAUAACACUCCUGGUCACUUCAUCCUCCUCCCCGCUGUGCUCUGCAGCGGUGCAUUCAGAUUAACGUCAGCAGCCACGCUGGUGAUGCAUACAUGUUGUAUGAGACGAUAACUCAUUUAUUUGGAAAAAUAAAAAAAAAAAUAAAAAAACACAAAAUCACAUUAUUUCACCCCCUCUUGCUCCAAGACCCCAGGUUCACCAUCAGUCGUCACAAAAUGGUUUAAAAAAWUUGUUGGAAAUCUAGAAGUGACUCCAGCCGUUUAGAGUUGUACAGUUUUUUUUCUUCUUUUUUUGURGUUGUAAAUGUUUAUCUACUUGCUUCGUUUGAUUCUCUUCCUUUGUUACACUGCGUUUCAUUGAGUUUUAUUAAAGCGAUUUACAUCUUA